GGUACAUCAUUAUACUUUUUAUACUUGCACAACCCGGACUUACAUCAAUCAAUGAUAGCAGGAGCGAAGGCGUCAGGCUACAAGCUAUCAGCUACGGGUUGCUUCCAGUUGCGACCCUCUUUGCAUCUCUCUGUCUUUAUCAAUAAAUCUUUAAAUCUUUUUAAAUCUUUGUUUAACAAUAAACAAUCUACGAUUCGGGUAACCUCCCCUUUUUAAAAAAGAGCUUAGGUAUUUAUUAAUUAAAUCUUUGAUCCCACCCGGUCCGAUAGAAGGAGAGAGACGAUGCACGGAGUCAAGAUUACUUCAGGCCUAGGCCGUCGUCGCCGAACAAUGUCGAAUGCUAGCAGUAGAUCGUCCGGAGACGGUGCCGAUGACGAUGAUACCUCCAUAAUGGAGCCCGAACAGGGCAACGUCCUCACACAUAUUAUUUCUCAACUGCGACCCGGCGCCGACCUAAGCCGAGUUGUGCUGCCUACCUUCAUCCUUGAGCCUCGAAGUAUGCUGGAACGGAUCACCAACUUCAUGUGCCAUCCAGAAAUGCUCCUCCCGAUUCCCGAUAUCGACGAUCCGGUCCAACGCUUCGUGUCCGUAGUAAAAUUUUAUCUUAGCGGCUGGCAUAUUAGACCACCGGGUGUCAAGAAACCUCUCAACCCGAUCCUCGGUGAAGUAUUCUCCUGUUAUUGGGACUUACCCGACAACACUCGCGCCUACUACAUCUCCGAACAAACGUCCCACCACCCGCCUAAGUCGAGCUACUUUUAUAUGGCGCCGGAACACCACAUUCGUAUCGAUGGUACCCUGAAACCUAGGAGCAAGUUCUUGGGUAAUUCGGCUGCGAGUUUGAUGGAAGGCAUCGCUGUGCUCACAUUGACAAAUAGGGGGAAGGAUCGUAAACAGGGAGAAAGAUACUGGCUAACACAACCCAAUAUGUACGCGAGAGGGAUCCUGUUCGGAAACAUGAAAUAUGAGUUAGGCGAUCACAGCGUAGUACGAUGUCCCGAGCUUGGCCUCACGGCCGAUGUCGAUUUUAAGACAAAGGGUUGGGUUAGCGGGACAUAUAAUGCUAUUGGAGGCACGAUAAAAGAUGAUCGCACCGGACAGGUACUCUUCGAACUCUCCGGCUUAUGGAGCGAGGAGAUGUUCAUCAAAGAUCUCAGUAAUGGGCACAAAGAUAUGUUUUUCGAUGCCCGGAAAGUAAGGGCUUCGAAACCCCGUGUUCGACCUCUAGAGGAGCAGGGAGAGCGUGAGUCGCAAAGACUAUGGCAAAAGACGGCGCAAGCGGUUAAGGAAAGGAACCACGAAGUGGCAACGGACGAGAAAACGAAAGUCGAAGAUCAGCAGCGAGAUGAAGCAGCGAGUAGAGGCGCGGCAGGUGUUGAUUGGCAACCUCGACUGUUCAGGCGAGUAGACAAAGAUUACGGUGGCACGGGAGAAGAUAUGGAACAUCUAGAGUGGAUUAUCAAUGCGCACAUCGAUGGCACGACACCGGAACAACAGGCCGAACAAAUCAUGGCUAUCUACCCCAUAAUACCAGGCCAAAAACACAGCGAAUGGGACAUCCCCUCCCCGAACUUACACUCUCAUUCGCAUCCAGAUGCAACCAAGGGGGCCUCGCAAAAUGCGACAGCGGACUUGAUCGACUUCGGCCAGAGCGAUGCUCCUGCCCCGGUGGUUAGGAAGGAUAGCAAGGAUAUUUCGACCAUGUUGCAAUCGACCGGCCGCGAACCGGAUGGCCCGUUGAUCGACUUUGCGGGAGAUCUCAAAAAGAACCUCCCGGCCACUCCCAAGACCCCAGGACCAAACAGGGGGAGAGGGGAUACGGUGGAGAGUAACGACGCUUUCUUCGACGCUCACACAUGAAGUGGCUAUAAUGUAAGAAUAGAGCAGGGUAAUUGGUUAACCUGAUGCCCUACUUCAUCUUCUGGUGUUAAAUGGGCAAACAGGCUUCUGAUAACUCGUCCACCCCAGACUUAGUAAUUCUUCAUCAUGGACAAGGGAGGGACCAAUCACAAUACUUGCCCAUGUCCACGAGACCUGAAAUUCUGGCUACUACUUUUUACACCGUAACUUGGGCAUACAACGUUUGAUAGCAUAGGGGCAUCUUGCUUACUCUCAUCUUCCUUUCUAGUCGUGGUAAUAUUCAGGGACGGCAAACCUUGGGGUUAGGGUAAGGAGAACAGAAAGAAAGAGUGUGUGUUUGUACGUGCGUGUUAAACGGGAAUAGAUGUGCAUCGAGGGCCUCCUGGGGCAGUCAGUAACCAGCCGCGUUGUUGCUUGCAUUGGGGUAAAAUAUACUUGUCUUUAUAAUUAUAAUCACCUUCGUAGGAAUGCUGUUAGUGUACUGGGUAUUAGGUAGUAGGUAGUAGACUAUUCAGGUAGGCAUAUUCUCAUGAUUUGGGCUUGUCCUUUACUUGAGCCUGAUCUUGGGAACAAUAUUGAAG